AAGCAGUGCGAUUGAUUGAUUGUGCUUUGACUCCGGUGAGUCCAGUUUAGUCCCGCACAAAAGCCCGAGCCGCAGAUGUUGGUGGAGGAAGGUGGAGGAGAAGACGAUCUUGAGGCUGAAACACGAGGACAGAGAGAGCAGCAGCUGGCGGUCAUUCGGGCACGGCGACGGCAGGCAGGCAUGUCCGUCUCAACGCAGCUUGGUCUGCUGCUGUGGAAGAACUUCACCUACAGACGACGACAGACGCUUCAGCUCCUGGUGGAGAUCGUCUGGCCGCUCUUCAUCUUCUUCAUCCUCAUCGGCGUGCGGCUCAACUACCCUCCAUAUGAACAACAUGAGUGUCAUUUUCCCAACAAGGCGAUGCCAUCGGCCGGCACACUGCCCUGGAUUCAGGGAAUCCUCUGCAAUGCCAACAACCCCUGCUUCAGAAACCCGACGCCAGGCGAGUCUCCAGGCGUCGCUGGCAACUUCAACGACUCCAUAAUUUCUCGUCUGUUUUCGGACGCCAAGAAGAUUCUUCUCUACAGUCAGAAUGAUAAAAACCUGGAUGGAUUCAAGGAGCUGGCCCAGGCUCUGCAGGGGCUGCAAAACAGCCAGUCAGGCUUCAAGCUGAAGCAUUUCCUGCGAGACAAUGAGACUCUGUCGAGCUUUCUGCUGAGAAACGCCUCCUUCCCCAAACACAGCGUCCACCAAAUCCGAGAGGCCGACGUCAACCUGGAGAAGGUCCUCCUCAGAGGUUUUGGGGUCCACCUGAGGGACUUGUGUCCCAGGGAGGGCGGCGUGCAGAGCCUGGAGGACUUUGUGAUGAUCUCGGACCGACAGGUGUCAACACUGGUACAGGAAGUCAUCUGUCAGGCACCACCUACCUGGCUGAAUCACGCUGAGGAGCACUUCCUGGAAAACCUGGACUUCCUGAAACCCAUCCAGGGGAACAUGGAGUCUGAGCCCGAGGCUGUCAGACAGGUGGCCAGGGCGACCAGCAACCUCCUGGACAGUCUGGGUUCCUUGGCCGUUGAGUUGGCCAGUAUGAAGAGCUGGAUCAACCUGAGGAACGAGAUCAUCUUCCUGACGCAGAAUGCCACAUCAUCGCCCAGCACCAUGUACCAGGCAGUCUCCAGGAUCGUGUGCGGUCACCCUGAAGGUGGCGGUCUGCAGAUCAAAUCCCUUAACUGGUACGAAGACAGCAACUACAAGGCUCUGUUUGGCAACUACAACAGCAGUGAGGACGAGUCCGUGUCACUCUACGACAACUCAUCCAGUGAGUCCAUGCACUUUACUGCUAGUGCCUCUGACCAGUCCCCUCUGUGUCUCCAGUUGGCCAGUAUGAAGAGCUGGAUCAACCUGAGGAACGAGAUCAUCUUCCUGACGCAGAAUGCCACAUCAUCGCCCAGCACCAUGUACCAGGCAGUCUCCAGGAUCGUGUGCGGUCACCCUGAAGGUGGCGGUCUGCAGAUCAAAUCCCUUAACUGGUACGAAGACAGCAACUACAAGGCUCUGUUUGGCAACUACAACAGCAGUGAGGACGAGUCCGUGUCACUCUACGACAACUCAUCCACUCCAUACUGCAACAAUCUGGUGAAGAACAUGGACUCCAACCCAAUGUCCAGGAUGAUCUGGCAGGCUCUGAAACCUCUGCUGAUGGGGAAGAUCCUGUACACCCCCCACACCCCCGCCACCCAGAGAGUCAUCCAUGAGGUGAACCGGACUUUCCAAGAGCUCGGUGUGUUCAGGGACCUUGGUGGGAUGUGGGAGGAGAUGCGACCCAAAGUGUGGAAUUUCAUGGAGAACAGCCAGCACAUGGACCUGAUCAGGACUCUGCUGAAGAAUAACGUCGCCACCAGUUUCUUUCAUGCCCAGCUUGCCAACACAGACUGGACCGUGGCCGACGUCUCCAACUUUCUGUCUAAGCAGACGGACGACCCACGACCGUCGAGCGCCGCCAUCACCUGGAGGGACGUAUUCAACGAGACUGACCAAGCCAUCAUGAGCAUCUCACGCUUCAUGGAGUGUGUGAACUUGGACAAACUGGAGCCGGUCUCUACUGAGGAGCAGCUGGUCAACCAGUCCAUGGUGCUGCUGGAGGACAGGAAGUUCUGGGCGGGGAUCGUGUUCCCGGACAUUCCCCCCAACGCCACUGAGCUGCCGGCCAAACUCAACUACAAGAUCCGCAUGGACAUCGACAACGUAGAGCGGACCAAUAAGAUCAAAGACGCCUAUUGGGACCCGGGGCCUCGUGCCGACCCGUUUGAGGACAUGCGAUACAUCUGGGGUGGGUUCACGUACUUGCAGGAUGUUAUUGAGCAGGGCAUCAUCAGAGCAGUGACGGGCACUAAGGAGAAGACAGGAGUGUACAUCCAGCAGAUGCCAUACCCCUGCUACGUAGACGAUAUUUUCCUGCGGGUGAUGAGCCGCUCGAUGCCCCUCUUCAUGACACUGGCCUGGAUGUACUCGGUGGCGAUCAUCCUGAAGAGCGUGGUAUACGAGAAGGAGGCUCGGCUGAAGGAGACCAUGAGGAUUAUGGGACUGGAUAAUGGCAUCCUGUGGUUCAGCUGGUUCAUCAGCAGCCUGAUUCCUCUGCUGAUCAGCGCUGCACUGCUGGUGCUGCUGCUCAAGAAGGGGAACCUGCUGCCCUACAGUGACCCUGGCGUGGUCUUCCUCUUCCUGGGAUCCUUCGCAGUGGUGACCAUCAUGCAGUGUUUCCUCAUCAGCACAGCAUUUGCUCGAGCCAACCUGGCUGCCGCCUGUGGAGGGAUCAUCUACUUCACCCUCUACCUGCCCUAUGUGCUCUGCGUCGCUUGGCAGGACUACAUUGGCUUCGGAGCCAAAGUCUUCGCUAGUCUCCUGUCACCCGUGGCGUUCGGGUUCGGCUGCGAGUACUUCGCUCUGUUCGAGGAGCAGGGAGUGGGCAUCCAGUGGCAGAAUCUGGUGUCGAGUCCUUUGGAAGAGGAUGACUUUAGCCUCCGUACCACCAUUAUCAUCAUGUACUUCGACUCCUUCCUGUACGGAGUCCUCACCUGGUACGUCGAGGCCGUGUUUCCAGGUCAGUACGGGAUCCCUCGGCCCUGGUAUUUCCCCUUCACCAAGUCCUACUGGUUUGGAGAGAAAGAUGGAACAUCCAGUAAAAUCCCUCUGAACCGGAAAGGAAACCCAGGAGUGGUGUGUAUGGAAGAGGAGCCAGCCCACCUGGACCCUGGAGUCUACAUCGAAAACCUGGUGAAGGUUUACCGUCAUGGAAAGAAGCUGGCAGUGGAUGGACUGACGCUCGGCUUUUAUGAGGGACAAAUCACCUCCUUCCUGGGACACAAUGGUGCCGGAAAAACCACUACCAUGUCCAUCCUGACUGGUCUGUUCCCUCCCACCUCUGGUACAGCUUACAUCCUGGGCAGAGACAUCCGAACUGAGCUGAGCACCAUCAGACAGAGUCUGGGCGUGUGUCCACAGCACAACGUCCUCUUCAGCAUGCUGACAGUGGAGGAGCACAUCUGGUUCUACGCCCGGCUCAAAGGCCUGUCAGAGCAGCAGGUGAAAGGCGAGAUCGAGCAGAUCCUGCAGGACACUGGGCUGCCGCACAAACGCACAUCCAGGACCAGUACUCUGUCUGGGGGCAUGCAGAGGAAGCUGUCUGUGGCUCUGGCUUUUGUCGGGGGGUCAAAGGUCGUGAUAUUGGACGAACCCACAGCCGGUGUUGACCCGUACGCCCGCAGGGGAAUCUGGGACCUACUGCUUCAGUACAGACAGGGUCGGACCAUCAUCCUAUCCACACACCAUAUGGACGAGGCAGACAUCCUGGGUGACCGGAUUGCCAUAAUCUCCCACGGGAAGCUGUGUUGCGUGGGCUCGUCCCUUUACCUGAAGAAUCAGUUGGGGACGGGCUAUUACCUGACACUGGUGAAGAAAGAGCUGGAGCCAUCGUUGAGCUCCUGCAGGAACUCAUCCAGUAACGUUUCUUUCAUCAAGAAGGAGGAGGAGUGCACCUCAGUAAGCAGCAGUGACGCAGGACUCGGCAGUGAACAUGAAAGUGAGGCAGCUACCAUUGAGAAUGCCCCUGCGGUGUCCGUCUGUGACGUCCCCUUCAUCCUCCCAGAUGUGUCCCUGAUCUCAGGUCUGAUCUUGCGUCACAUCCCCACCGCCCGGCUGGUGGAAGGCCUGGGACACGAGCUGACCUACAUUCUGCCGUACAGCGCCGCCAAGGACGGAGCCUUCGUAGAACUCUUCAAAGACCUGGACGUGAAGCUGCCUGAGCUGGGCAUCUCCAGCUACGGAGUGUCCGACACCACGCUGGAGGAGAUUUUCCUGAAAGUGGCUGAGGAUAAUGGAGUUGACACUGAAAUGCCCUCAGAUGGUACAGUUCCUGUUCGGAGGCGGAGGAGGACUCACGCCUUUGGUGGAGGAGACCCUCAGAGCUGCCUGAGACCAUUAACUGAAGACGACAACCAGGAUGGCACUGAGUCUGACGGAGACCCCGAGUGCCGAGAGACGGACUGGCUGAAGUGCACUGAUGGUAAAGGAUCGUAUCAGGUGAAGGGCUGGAGUCUGAAGAGGCAGCAGUUUGUGGCUCUGAUGUGGAAACGCUUCCUGUAUGCUCGGCGCUCCAGGAAGGGCUUCUUCGCUCAGAUUGUACUUCCUGCUGUGUUCGUCUGCAUUGCUCUGGUCUUCAGUCUCAUUGUCCCCCCGUUUGGAAAAUACCCCAGUCUGGAGCUGCAGCCCUGGAUGUACGAGGACCAGGUCACCUUCAUCAGUGACGAUGCUCCUGGAGAUGUCAACAUGCAGAAGUUGUUAAACACUAUGCUGGACGCUCCAGGCUUUGGGACUCGCUGCAUGGACGGACAUCCCAUCCCAGAGGCUCCCUGUACAAUGGGUGACGAGGACUGGCACACUCCUGACGUCCCCAAAAGCGUCCAGCAGCUGUUCAGCUCCAGGAACUGGACCAUGGAGGAUCCGUCUCCGGCUUGUGUCUGCAGCUGCGACGGCAAGAAGAAGAUGCUGCCGGAGUGUCCUGCUGGAGCCGGAGGGCUGCCCCCCCCUGAGAUGAAGCUGAGCGCCACCGACACGCUGCAGAACCUGACAGGAAGAAACAUCUCCGACUACCUGGUGAAAACCUACGCUCAGAUCAUUGGCAAGAGUUUGAAGAACAAAGUAUGGGUCAAUGAGUUCAGGUAUGGAGGAUUCUCACUGGGCGCCAGGAGCACUCAGGUCCUCCCUCCGGCCGAUGAGGUCGAUGACGCCAUUGAGAGAGUCAGGAAGAUCUUUGAGAUUCAGAAGGGAGCUGCUGCAGAUCGAUUCCUGGACAACCUGUCGGGUUUCAUCAACGGCCUGGACACAAAGAACAACGUGAAGGUCUGGUUCAAUAACAAAGGCUGGCACAGUAUUGGAUCUUUCAUCAACGUCAUGAACAACGGCAUCCUGAGAGCUCACCUGCCCGAAGGGGCAGAGCCCAGCAGCUACGGCAUCAGUGCCUUUAACCAUCCCCUGAACCUGACCAAGGAGCAGCUGUCCCAGGUUGCACUGAUGACAACCUCAGUGGACGUCCUGGUGUCCAUCUGUGUCAUCUUUGCCAUGUCCUUUGUUCCGGCGAGCUUUGUGGUCUUCCUCAUCCAGGAGCGAGUCAGUAAAGCCAAACACAUGCAGUUCAUCAGCGGGGUUCAGCCGCUGCUCUACUGGAUUGCCAACUUCAUCUGGGACAUGUGUAACUACAUUGUCCCGGCAACGCUGGUCAUCCUCAUCUUCAUCAGUUUCCAACAAAAAGCCUAUGUCUCCUCCACCAACCUGCCAGUCCUUGCCUUGCUGCUGCUGCUCUAUGGCUGGUCGAUCACACCGCUCAUGUACCCGGCCUCCUUCUUCUUUAAGGUCCCCAGCACGGCGUACGUUGUCCUCACCAGCGUCAACAUCCUCAUUGGCAUCAAUGGCAGCAUCUCCACCUUCGUAAUGGAGCUGUUCGGAAACAACGAGAUCGGAGGAAUCAACGACAUUUUGAAGAACGUCCUCCUCAUCUUCCCUCACUUCUGUCUUGGCCGAGGACUCAUCGACAUGGUGAAGAACCAGGCGAUGGCUGACGCCCUCGAGAGAUUCGGUGAAACGCAGUUCCGCUCUCCUCUGGAGUGGGACAUGGUGGGAAAAAACCUGUUUGCCAUGGCUGUGGAGGGAGUGGUGUUCUUCAUCGCCACAGUCCUCAUCCAGUACAGGUUCUGCAUCAAACCCAGGCCGGUCAGCAAACUCACCAAACUGGGAGCUCUGGGUGCGGAGGACGAGGACGUGGCCCGGGAGAGACAAAAGAUCGUCCACGGCCUCGGUCAGGGAGACAUCCUGGAGCUCCGACAGCUCACCAAGGUGUUUAAGAGGAAGCAGAAGCCAGCGGUGGAUCGACUGUGUGUGGGGAUCCCUCCUGGAGAGUGUUUCGGCCUGCUCGGCGUGAAUGGAGCAGGCAAGACGACCACCUUUAAGAUGCUGACAGGAGACACUGUGGUGACUAGUGGAGAAGCCUUCCUGGCUGGGAAGAGCAUCCUGAGGGAGAUCGAUGAGGUGCAUCAGAACAUGGGCUACUGUCCUCAGUUCGAUGCCAUCAACGAGCUGCUGACAGGAAGAGAGCAUCUGGAGCUGUACGCCAUCCUCCGAGGAGUCCCCGAGAAAGAAGUCUGUGACGUGGCAGAGUGGGGAAUCAGGAAGUUGGGUCUGGUGAAAUAUGCUGACAAAGCAGCAGGAAGUUACAGUGUUGUCUUCCUGGAUGAGCCCACCACCGGCAUGGACCCCAAAGCUCGCCGUGCACUCUGGAACUGCAUCCACAGCGUCAUCAAGGAGGGGCGCUCCGUCGUCCUCACCUCACACAGUAUGGAGGAGUGUGAGGCUCUGUGCACCAGGAUGGCCAUCAUGGUGAAUGGCAGGUUCAGGUGUCUCGGCAGCGUCCAACACCUGAAGAACAGGUUUGGUGACGGGUACACCAUCAUCCUGCGGGUGGCGGGGCCCGAUCCUGAUCUGCUGCCCGUCAUGAAGUUCAUCAAGAGCGAGCUGAGCGGCAGCACGCUGAAGGAGAAGCACAGAAACAUGCUGCAGUACCAGCUGCCUUCAUCUCUCACUUCUCUCGCUCACAUCUUCUCCAUCCUGGCCAAAAAUAAAGAGAUGCUGAGGAUCGAAGACUACUCUGUCACUCAGACCACGCUGGACCAGGUGUUUGUGAACUUUGCAAAGGACCAGAGUGACGACUAUCACUCCAAAGACAACUCGGUGAGACGAAAAGACGUUUCCAUCAACAUUCCGAUGUUGAGCUCGAACCGAGGAGCCGCUGAGGACGGUGGCAGACCGAGAGAGAGCGUCAUUUGACCAUCCUAUUGUGAUCAUGUGGCCUUAGGAGGCCGGAGCGCCAGCCUGGACCUGACCCUGCACAAGAGAGAGCCCCUCCUCCCCUGUCAGCUGCUGCCUCAUGCCAGUCAAUGCAAACGAUUCCCUGUGGAGGCUGCCCACACUGAAUGUUGAAACAAACUUGAAUAUCUGCCUUCUUCCUGCAGCUUCGUAUCGCUGCCGACACGAUUUCUUUGCUUUCUGUGAUUUUAAAGGGUGCCUCUAAUGAACACUUCAGGGUCUGUUCAUUUUUUGUCUGUACUAACGAUGAAGAAUCCAAAUAAUUUCAAAUGGCCAAGGGCUCAUAUGCAAAAAAUCUGAUUUUUAAAAACUGUGUGAUUCUGUUUUUAAUUGUCAAACUUUUAUUUAUAUGUGUAACUGAAACAGAAAAUUGUUUUAUUUUGGAGGAGUCCAAGUGGCAUUGCUGUAUCCUGUAGUGUUUAACAGCCAGUCAGAGCGCUCGAUAUCUAGAAGAAGAGUUGAUUUUAUAGUUUUUGUAGGAAAGAUUAAAAAGGAGCAGAUUUAAGAUGGUAAAAUACCUCCUCAGCUCCUCACCGCACUAUGGUAUUGAACAUAAAAUAGCUGAUCGAUUACUGAUUAAUCAUUGAUUGUCCACCACGUUAAUGUUGUGUUGGAGCUGCUGUUGACGCUGGAGAUGAUUGAGUUUGACCAGCAGGAGGCGACGCUGAAACAUCUGCUCUGACUGAAGCAGCUGAUCAGACUGAAGCACUUUACGUGUUAAAUGGUCCGUUUGUCUUUGCACUGAACCCUCCACAGAUGAUGCCCCUGUAAAUCUCUCUGAUCAUCGACAGGAAAGUGUUUAAUGUGACAGAAAGGGCUGAUGGGAACUGUUACUGACCCCAAACCACUUGCAUUAAAAUAAAACACAUCCUCUGUUA